AUGAGGGGCACGUGUUGUUUUUCUCUCCUUGUAAGUUAUUGUUCUGUUCCUCUACAGACUCAUUACUUCCAGCCUCCCUCAGUGUGUGUGAACGCAGCAGGCAUCACGCAGGACGACUUCCUGCUCAACAUGGAGGAGGAUCACUUUGACAGAGUCAUCCAGGUCAACCUGAAGGGCUCCUUCUUGAUCACUCAGGCUGUGGCUCAGGCUCUGGUGGCCUGUGGAGCACCCAAAGGAUCCAUCAUCACCGUGGGCAGCAUCGUAGGAAAGGUGAGAGAGCUGCAGAGAGACGCUUUCUAGACGACAGUUUCACUUCUCUGUUGAAUCUUUUAAGGUUUAUUUUAAAAUGUAUUAACAUAAGUGUGUAAGGACCUGGUGUAUGAAUGUGAUCAGUUACUUGUGAUGGACUCUUUACUCAGCAGCCUCUACCAUCAGUGUGUGAAUGUGUAGGUGUGACACGUGUUGUAAAAGCCCUUUGAGUCGUCAGAAGACUAGAAAAGAAAUAUACAAGCUCAAGUCCAUUUACCAUUUAUCCUGAAGUUCAUGUGGCAGCGUAAUGAUUUCCCUUUAUUUAUUGAACAGUGAUCAUCCGUCCAUCCAUCCACUUUGUGCUCGUAGCCAAUAAAGGGUUAAAUGGU